AAUAUUCCGACACUGUGGAGAGGAUUCCACUGUGAUGCCGUAGAAGAAGUGAUGACAGUAUUGUCGCACGAUAUAAAAUGGAGAAACGAAACUAAAAAAUAGCCAGCGUAGGCUUCAGAGUGAAUAAUAGUUAGUAACCGUACAUUAAACUCUAUUGUUUUUUAAAAGCGUUAUAGCCCAGGUGUGAUUGUAACUCUGGCGAUUAGAUUAUUUGAGUGUAUGAGAACCGUAUUGCACCGAAUUUUAGAACUUUUAAAUUUAUGAAACGUACUGUUUCUGGAAAGAUCUACCGCAUCCAUCAAACAAAGUAAUUCUCGGCGGAGUGAGUGAGCUGAGUGAUCAACUGAUCAGACAACACAAACAGACCAGGAGAGUAAUUGAGCAGCCAGGCCUUGGGCCUAGCUAGCGAUCGUCGCGCUACGCCUUCCUUGUUUAGCUUUUCCGGGAUAUUAAGAACGACUUGAGGUGUUCUAUUUAUCGAAUAUUUUACAGAGCUUAGGGAAACGUACACAGCUUUAGUUGAAUGUGUUAACUAGAGGUUUCGUAAUGGCAUCAGAAGAAAUUGUGAUACCACCAGACCAAGCUAAAACACCACCUGUGUUACCAAAGACAGGAACACCCCAAAGUGUUCUGGAAAACCCAGAACGAAGCUCUUCCCCAGAAGAAAAUUGUUCGAUUUGUUUGAAUGAGUUUGAAAAUAAGUCAUUUACAGACGGUUGUUUCCACAAGUUCUGCUUUGUAUGUAUUCUGGAAUGGUCAAAAGUUAAGGCAGUGUGCCCGUUAUGCAAGACCUCAUUUAAGUCUAUUAUUCAUAACAUUAAAUCUAACGAGAUUUAUGACCAGUACCAUUUACAACAGAAUACCCCAGCUACGGAUGAUCAGGAUGGACGAAGAUUCAGAUAUAGGACCACAUUAACGGAUGACCACAGAUAUGCAUGGGAGCUUCGACAAAGCAAUGCAUUUAUGCGCAUAACACGUGAAGAAAGGAGACGUUACAAUGAGCAGCGUGUACAAAAUCAGCGCAAUGCUGCCUAUAACUUCCGUCGUUAUAUCUAUGCGAUUGGUGUACGUGUUAAGCAAACACGUUGGAAUCGUUUUUCUGGAUAUCGCGACAUAUCACUAGAUUUUUUCCGUCGUAAUCCAGCCACUGUCUAUCGUUUAGUCCCUUGGAUGCAGCGAGACUUGAGUGUUAUUUUUAAUGGGGAUCAAAACAAUGUGAUGUUUGUUACUGAGUUGAUCUUGUCUUUAAUUCAGCGUAUUGACAUUCAAACACAAGAGUUCAAAAACAAUCUUCAAGGAUUCCUACUUAACAAGACAGAACAUUUUGUUCAUGAGUUUAUCAACUUUGCACAUUCACCAUAUGAUGUUCAAACCUAUGAUCAAAUUGCACAAUAUGAUUAUGGUGAUCUCUCAAGAUUGAGUGAACCACCAGUAAAUAUUAAUGAGCCACUUCUUGUAAUCUCGAGUGAUUCUGACAGUGAUAUUGAUAUCAUUCUCCCAUCACCAAUUGAUUUGAGUGCCCAUUCAAGGGAAGGCUCUCAUAAUCCUGUUCCACCAGUGGAGUCUGAAAUAAACAUAGCUCCUGGACCAUCAGGAACUACUAGUAGCAUCAUUCAGAACUCUCUAGUGAAGCAGGAGAAAAACACAAUAAAAAUUGAUGACAAUACAAAUGUUGAGGUGACCAAAGAUCCUUCUGACUCUGAUGUUGAGAUCAUUGGUUUUUUAAAACCUUACCAUGAAAGAACUCCAGAGCUUGUGGUUCUGUCCUCAGGCACAGAGGAGGAACAACCAACAUGUAGAAAAUGUGGCCAACCAAAGCAUUCUUCUAAGUGUAAAAAGAUUAAACGGAAACCAAAAACAGCUAAGUCCACUUCAUCGCACCAUUCCUAUAGACGAUCUAGCUCUCCAGAUGAUUAUCAUAGAUCAAGUCGCUCAAGAAGUAGAAGCCGAUAUACAAGAGGAAAACAUGAUCGUGAUUCUCGAUCAUCAUCGAGAGAAAUAGAACCUUACUCGCGUUAUAGAAGCAGAAGCAUUAACAGGACAAGUAGUAAAGUCUUGUUUAGAUCAAGGUAUAAUCAGUAUAGAUCAACAUCUUCCUCUGCCAAUUACUCUUCAGAUACUGAUGGAUAUUUCAAAAGAUAUGAUGAAUUAUCAAAUUAUCCAAAAGAAAGAUCACAAUCUCACAGAUCUUUUGGAAAAUCUAAAAAAUCUACUAUUAGACCUUACAAAUAUGACCGUAGAUCUGAAAAACCUCUUAGUAGAUCACACAAACCUCAAAGUAGGUAUCGCAGAUCCCGAAGUACAUCAGUCAGGUCUAGGACUCGUAGAUCCCUUAGUAGGUCUCGUAGUAGAUCGUACAGUAGAUCACACAGUAGAUCGCAUAGUAGAUCUGAUAGUAGACCUUACAGAUCACCUAUCAGAUCCUUUAGAUCUCGUAGCAGAUCUCAUAGUAGGUCUAAAAGUAGAUCUCAUAAGUCCCACAGUUUUAGCAAAAGCCAGAGUUAUGAUAGAGAACUGUCACAGUUGCAUGGUCAUGGAAAGAGUCACUUGAGAUAUUGGAGUUGUAGUAGUGAUGGGAAAAAUUCAAAUGUCAGUGACAAAUACAACAAAAAGAGAUCAUCUAGAAGGAAAAAUUCUCCAAACAGCUGGUGUUCUAGAUCGUCUCCCAUAAGCAAUGCUCAAAAAAAUAUUGACUCAAGUGAAAGAUCAAUAGAAAAAGUAACUGCUAAAACCAUUUCUGACAACCCUAAAAAGAAGAGGUCAAAGGAAAAAGAAGAGAGAAGAAAAAGAAGAGAAAAGAGACGAUUAGAGAGAUUGAAGAAAUCUGGUGAUCCUAAAGAUGUGAUUGUCAUUGAUCUGACAGUGUCUGCAGAUGAAAAGGCAGGCAGUAGAGAUGUCGAAGAAGUGAUCAAUCAAGAUUUAUUGUUUGAGGAAGAAGUUUCAACAAUGAACCAAUCAGAAAAUGAUACAGCUCUGGCAGUAACAUCGGGUGUAGGACCCAUGCGAGCCUUGCUGUUUGAUGACAUUGCCCAAGCAAGCGGGGUCGAGUCACUAGCCAGGUCAGUAAAUGUAGAGGAUGGCCUUCUAGCAAGGACAGAAAAUCAACCUCAUGAACCAGUUCGUAAAACAGCGUUUGAUUUGCUAAUAGAAGCUGAGAAAAUACGUCUGCAAGAAAUGCUCAAUGAGAAAAAUGAUGUAAAGUUUUGAGAUACUGGCAAGAAUUACAGUUACUGUUACUUCUUUAAAUUACCAAGCCACAAAGUUAAAGCCCCAUUCCCAGCAAAAUUUCACUAAAAAAAUAUUUUUUUUAUAAAAAAAAUGCAUACGCAUUACUCUAAUUAUUAUAAACCAUGGGAAAGUAUUGGCAUAAAUAUUAUUUUUACUCAAAAGAAUUUUUAAAAAUGAAAAAUACAGACUAUAUCUCAUAAGAGAUUACCAAUUUCUCAACGAAUUCUUCGUUACUAGGCAAAUUCAGAGGUUGUAGAUCGCAUCCGCUGGAAUGCUCUAGCUUUUACGUAUUCUGUACUUUAUAGUCAAUAAAGUGCACCCUCUCUAAUGAGAUUAGAUUUUGUACUUCGCAUCUCGCACACUGGUCGAUCGAGUAGGACUGAGAUAUGUUUGCUUAAAUGUCAAAAUCUCGGUCAGAAUUAUUUCAACAAAUUUGAAAUAAUUUCUAUGAAAUAUUAUAUUUCACAAGUGUCAAUACUAGCAACGGAAAAUAUAAUGUCGGCCGUUUUUAUGUGUGAUAACGGAACCGAAAUUGAGGUAAGGCUAGGCCUAGCCUAGAAAUGUUGAAUAGGCUAAUGUUUUUGGCGCCUACCAUAUUUCUUCGCAGACCUAUCGCAAAAUAAAGCAAAAAAUUCAUCCGCAUUUAUUUUUUGUGGACCACAAAAAAAAUCAAAUUUCAGUCUUAUUUAACUUUUUUUUUUUUAUGUUUAGGAAUGUCUAAAUUCAGUUAAACUAGCAAUUUCGUAUUAUAUUUAUAAAUCUUCAUAACAUAUAUAAAAAUCAGAUUUUUCUUAACAGCUGAAAUUUUGCCGGAAUGGGGCUUUAAAAAGCACUUUGCAAUUGUGAUAUACCAUGCACUUUUGGAUUUUUUUUAGAGGUAUAUUCUCAAUUGAUAUUUUUAAAUUUGUGCUAUAACUGUAUGUACCUCAGCAGAAAGACAAGAAACCUCCCUCUUUAGGUUUACCUCUUCCUGAAACUCUGGGGAGUUCCUUACCGUAUUUGAAACUGUUUCUAAUUGUGAACAACCUCCUGUUGUAUUUCAAAACACCUGGUUAAUAAAGCUAAGGACAUGGU